GCGUAGAAGAAGAACUUCCCCGUUUGUAUACUUCUACUUCCGGGCUGUAAAGAUGGCUCAAGGUGCGCAGAAGUUUAAAGCUCAGCGGCCAGGAGCCUCUAAGAAACACCAACAUCACAAAAACAAAGGACCCAAGAAAGGAGGGAGGAUCAUCGCGCCCAAGAAGGCUCAAGUGGUUGAGCAACAGAAGCUGAAGAAGGGUCUAGAGAUUGCUAUCAGGAACAAGAUUGAGCAGGAGGUGACGCAGAGGGCAUCCACUUCCCUCCACAAGCCGCUGAGCGUGGUCAAAGGGGCUGAAGUUAAAGACAAGCCAGGAGCAGUCCGUCCAGGAACCAGCUCCAAAUAGAACCUGACGCACAACCACAGACAAUAUGUACCUGAGGCUGAGUGUGCUAAACUUAUGGACUUUGUCUUUGAGUCAGUGAGCUACAUUGACCCUGUGAAACAGAUAUAAGAGACAUCCCAGCUCUCCUGUUGUUCCAGUGCGAAUGUUUGAGUCGACUUCAGGCAAAUAGAAACAUGAGGAACCAUUCUUAUCGUACCAGGUUUGGUGUCACUUUGGUUUCUCAUUUCAUCAAAAGUUGUAUAAAUUGAACUAACAGACUGGAAUAGGCUGUUAGGAAGGGCCAUGGAAAUUGCAUAAGCCUUCAGUAGGGGGCAGCACAGAACUGAAUUGACUCUUACUGAGUGUUUGAUGUUUUGUUGUUGCUGUAAUAAUCCUGAUUGAAAACUAAGAACAUAAACUACUACUUUUCAUUUGUUUGUGUCAUUCUGAUAUGUUCUCAUGGAGAGCCACAAGAAGGUAUCUCACAAUUUCAUAAUGUGUUAAUUAUUUUUGUGCUUUUGAAAAGAGAAAAUCCUGCACACUACUCUUCUCUUUGCUCGUUUUAAGUGUGCUCUCACAGAUGGUACUCUUGAAAACGGUCCAAAGAGACUAAAACAUGUUUAUUUUAUCUUAAUAAAUGGUGAUGCUGA